UUAAAGGCAAAAGCAACAGAAGAAGAUCGAUAAAUCGGACUUGGCUAUAUCGGUAUUAUCUGGCAGCAGUGAUCACAAUCUUCUUCAAGCUAAUCCCUAUCUGCGCCUCUCAGUUGGUUUUGGUAUAUAAUUGAUUAUGGGAGGUCAUGGAGGUCUGAAUAUCCUUCCCCAGAAGCGCUGGAAUGUGUACAAUUACGAGAACAGGGAGAAAGUACGGCGCGAUGAAGAGGAAGCAGCAAGAGAAGAACAGCUGAAACGUGAGCAGGCGAGAAAAAGGGACGCUGAGUUUCGUCUGGAGCGGCUGCGAGCUGCUCGAGGUUUGGCUCCACUAAUAAAACCUCAGGAACCUGAACCUGAACCUGAACCUGUGGAACCUGGUGAAUCAGAGCCAAAAUCUGGUCACAUUAAUCUUUUUGAAGGAAUUAAGAUUUUUGACCCAAUUAAAGGGUUAGAAGAUGACGGUGCAGUAGAAAGAGAUGGGUCCAAAAAGAAGAAGAUGAAGAAAGAGGAUGCGAAGCCCAAGAUUGUGACUCCAGAUGAUGAGAAAUAUAGGUUGGGUUAUGGGGUUGCAGGGAAGGGGGUUAAGCUUCCUUGGUAUCUCCAAAAACCUAACGGUGAUGCUAAUGGUGAUAGCGGCUCAGAUGAUGGUCACCCGAAGGAUGAGAAAAAGAGGAGUGGGAAGAAAACAUUGGAAGAGUUGAGGGAAGAAAGGCUGAAAAGAGAGAAGCGAGAGAAGGAGAGGGAGAGGGCUUUGCUACAACCGAAGGGCCAGAGAGACAGAGAUGUUGCUGGCAAUAGGCGGUUUUCCAGGCGAUGAUCAAGGCAAGCGAAUUUCUUGCUCCCAUAUCGAAUUGCACGUUGUUCUGCGUUCUUAGUGAGGAUCAAGGUAGGUCCAUGGUUGGGAAAUUGAUGGCAAAUUCACUAGCGACUGUGGCAUGGCAUUAUCACCGUAUCUCAAGAAUAUCAUGACCUCGGGAAUCUUGAGUGAGAGCAUUUGAAAUCUGCCCCAUCUUGAUUGUAACUGCUUUGGGAAUCACUUCCAUUCGAGGAAGAUGAUCAUUUUUUAGUUUGUUUCACCCCACGAAUCCCCCCCCCCAAAAAAAAAAAAAAAGAAUGAAUAUUGGCUCCAAAAUGAGGCAGGGGUGAAUGUUGCCUGGCAAUUAUAAUUAUGUUCUCCGGCUUUAUUAAGGUUGUGCCGGUGCCUGCAGACUUAAAUGCCGACCGGCUUAUUUUUGUAUGCUAAAAAAUGUUGCAGGGAUAAGACGGAGUUCAGAUUCUUUCAAUUUAGGGAGUAUUUUGGAGAUGUCAGAGAUUUUUAAGAGAUGGCAGAUAGUAAAUAAGGGAAUUGUCCCUCAUACGUA